ACCAAGUGUCCCACUAGAGCACCGGCCAGAAUAUAUGAAGAACUAAGCCCAAAGGUCCGAUUAUAUAGAGAUAGCAGAGGAAAUAGACGGUGGAAAGCAUAAAUGACAACUCUAGUUGACCAUGUUCAGGUCGAAGAGAAUUUGCAUGCGAGAACUGUAAUUCUAAAUCGGGUUCACAAGUUAAAUAUCAUGUCAUCACAAAUGGUAUCUCGACUGCACGAAGUUUACACAGCGUUCGAGAAGGAUCCUGAAGCCAAGUUGGUGAUUUUGAAGGGAAAAGGAAAAGCUUUUUGUGCUGGUGGGGAUCUUGCAGAAUAUUUCCAUGAAAGUACUGAGGGCCAUUGGACGUUAGGUGUGAAAAUUUUGGAGAACGCAAUCACCUUAAUGUACCAAGUUGCGACAUUGGCCAAACCCCAGGUAUCGAUCCUUAAUGGAGUCGUGAUGGGAGUUGGAUGCGGACUUUCCACUCAUGGUAGAUUUCGCGUUGUAACCGAGAGAACGAUUUUUGCUAUGCCAGAAGUUGUCAUGGGAAUAAUCCCAGCUGUAGGGGCUUCUUUUUUUCUGUCUAGACUCCCCGGCUUCUUUGGAGAAUACCUCGGUCUUACUGGUGCAAGGUUGGAUGGCACUAAAAUGCUUGCAUGUGGCCUUGCAACUCACUUCGUCCCUUCAAUAAAAUUGAGUUUGCUAGAUGAUGCACUGAAUAAAGUAAACACAAGUGAUCCAGCUAUUAUCUCGGCAGUUAUUGACGAGUGUUCAGAGCAACCUCCUUUAAAAGAGAGAACUGCUUAUUAUAGACUACUAGACAUCAUUGACAGAUGCUUUUCACGGAAGACAAUCGAAAAUGUUAUCUCAGCUCUUGAGAUGGAGUCUAUGAAAGGAGCGGAUGCUUGGAUUGAUGAAGCGCUUCACUUAAUGAAAAAAGCAUCACCUCUUAUUCUUAAAGUUUUUCUCAAAUCGAUUAGAGAAGGGAGACUGCAAGGUCUCCGUCAGUGCCUUGCCCAAGAAUAUAGAAUUUCAUGCCAUGGUUUGCAAGUUGGACAGGAUACAUUUGAGGGUUACCGAGCUAUCUUUUUGCGUAAAGACCAUACUCCAAAUUGGAAGCCUUCUAGGUUAGAGCUUGUUAAUGAUGAAAUGGUGGACCGGUACUUCUCGAAGAUGGAUGAUGACGAAUGGGUAGAUCUAGACCUACCAGUAAGGUCUGACUUGUCGACCUCUAUUAUAGCAAAGCUCUAAGGAUUUCUUGGGAUUGCAUCUGGUAUGUUGGUAGCUGUUCUGUGCAGAACCCUGAAGACCUUUGUAGUAAAAGAUUUAAUUCCAUGACUAUUGUAAACUUGUAAUAAAGCUCUAUUACUGUUAACUAAUAAUACUCUAAAGAAAAGCUCUGCUUUACUUUAGGUAAGAUCAAGAAAGUAUGUCUAGCCCUAAUAUGACAAAUACAAACAUCUUGAUUAUA